CAGAAAUACAUACAAAACUUUAAGUUCAAAUAAAGUAUUAUUUCAAAAAAAAUUGGGCCCUAGAGACGGUGUUCUGAAAUUUUAAGAUACACCGCCAUAAAACUUGUCAAAAGGUUCGAAAAAUAUUUAAGGCUUUUUAUUGACUAUAUAUAUCCAUUAAGCCAUCAUAAACCCUACAGGUUUUCUCAAUAUAUAAAAACUUCAUACUUGCCGUCAAAAUUAUAACCCUAAAAGUACUCUCUCAGAGGAACCAUAUCUCUGAAAGCUUUUCCUCUUGCUGGAUCUGGUGUUGUAAAGGUCUACUGGUGAUCAGACCCUGUCUCGAUCUCGUCGUGCCUCACCACGAGGUCGUAGUGGUACGGGGAGCCACUCUCAGGGUUCGUCCAGCCACUUUCAGGGUUCGUCCAACCACUCUCGGGGGUCGAGCAACCUGAUGCGCCUCGGAUCAUAGACCCGGGCCAGGAUGAUGCGACCAUGGCUGAGCCAGAUGAUUCUUCAACAAAAGACAAACCAGGAUGGAUUAAUGGUGAGGAUGCUGAUCUAAAACCAGCUGAUGAGACUGAGGACGAGCUGGAACCAGCUGAAGAGAGUAUGCUUGAGCUGAAACCAGCUGAAGUGAUAGUAGAUGAGCUAGAUGAGCUGAGUGAGCUAAGUGAUACUAGCUUGGAGCUGAAUGAGCUAAGUGACACUGAAGAUGGAGCUGGUUUAGUUGCUGGGCGAAAUGAGCAUUUUUCAGCCCAAAGAAAAAUUCAUAACAAAUUCAAUUUGGGUCGGUUUUACACCAAAUUCGACCAGACCUUUCCUCAGUCCAUUUCAAGCCCAUUCUCAUCAAGAAUGCCAAGAGGGAGUCAGCAAGGAAGUCUUGGUCGUGCAUGGGAAAAAGAAUUCAACAAAAAUCAUUAAUUUCGGUCUUUAGUCAAAGUCUUCAUUUCUAGUUUCCAUGUCUUGUUUUUAGCACAUUCUUCUUUGGAUUUCUACAACUUGUAAUCCUAUAUAUAGGGCCUAAGAGCCACGAAAUAACAGAAGCUUUUUCCCCUUCUAUUUGAGUUUAUCUCUUUGUUCUUUGUAGAACACUUCUUUGUUUCUUGGUGAGGUUAUCUCCGAGUAAACAGCCUCUAAUUCGUUGGACCUGUGCGUCAUAUCAGGCAACGUUUAGAAAUCCUUCUUUUGGUGGACUUGUGAGUCAUAUCAAGCACCAACUGAAGUCUGGUAGUAUCAUUGGGCCAUCCGCAACCCAUUGUGUCACCGUUCAAUCCAUCAGUUCUCCCUUUUGGCGAGUUCAUAUCCCUUUAGUCCGGUCGAGUGAUCCUUCCCUAUUUUUGGGCGUAUCAAGUGGUAUCAGAGCCACUCAACCGGUACUAUCUAUCCAUCUUUCUCAUCUUUCAUUUCUAAACACUUCUUCUUCAUCUUUCUAUCUCAAAUCCGGGCCACUACCUUACCUAUCGCCAUUCUUCUAUAAAAAAAUAAAAAGAGAAAAGAAAAAAAAAAAAAAAGAUCUAUCAAAAAAAAAGAGAAAAGAAAAAAAAAAGUUUGAUUUAUUUGGCUAGGUGGUGGAAGAGAAAUCCUGCUGGCUGAGGAGAAAUCCAGCCUUGGAGUGGUUAAUACGGAUUUCAAAACCAAUUCUCUUUAUCUUUCUAUCUUGUGUUCAUCUCUUGCUUGCUUGGAGAAAUCCAUUGGGUUAUUUGAUUUGUUCUCUUAGAACUUUGAGAGGAGACUCUUGAGUGACCAUAAAAUCUGAGAGAAACACUUGUGUGGGUGAGAUCAAACACUUGAGAGUGUGAGGAUUAUUUUUAUCUGUUAACCUUUUGUGUUGAGAACUUUCAGGUUAAGAUGUUUGAAGCUGAUCAAAGAAGGCUUUUCAGUCAGUUUGAAGUCUGGGAGUUUUGUGACAACCUUGUGGAGGGUGUGGUGAAAGCCCUCAAGGACGUCAGCAAGAUCCAAAAGAAGAGCACAACCACACGUGCAUCUGUAGCUAAGCCUUCCUUAUUCAUCAAUGAAAAACCCAAAGGUAAAUCUGAAAACAACCUUGAAGAUCAAAAAGAUUUUUCAGAUUCUUUACCAAUUUUUGAUGAGUAUGAUGAAGAGAUGAUUGAAAGUUUGAUCAUUUGUGAGGAUGAAUGUGAUCUUCCAUCUCCAAAAUCUGAUUUUAUGUUUGAUGAUGAAGAGACUAAUGGACUAACCUGUUUUGAACCGGAGCAUCCGAGUAGUCUUGUUCUAUUUUCACAGGAUUUUAAGGAAGAACCAUUCGACUACUCACAUCAAGGACUGCUUCUUGGCACCAGGAGACCCAUGGACGAUGAUCUAGGUCCCAUAUUUGAUGAGGAAGGCGAACCUGGUCCAACCUUUGAAGCGGAAGCACCAAGCAUAACAUCCAUCAUCAUGGAGAACCAACUUUGCUUUGAUCCCGGCACAACUCCUACGCCUUUGACCACAUACAUUCAAGAGCACUGUGAGAAACUUGAUUUGAUUAAUUUUCUGCCUGAUCUGUUUGAUAAAGUCAGUUCCAAUGACAUAAAACUUUCUGGUCUUGAUCAUCUUGAAAAGUCAUCUGAGCUUGAUUUGCAACAACUAGUUUUCUGCUCUAGAAAAUCGUUUGAUUCAUUUGUCUUCAAAGAAAAUAGCUUUAGUCUGAGAUCUUAUGGACAUGAACUGAUCACUGGAAUUUUGUUUGCAUCCUCAUAUGCUUUGGAAGAUUUUAUGGUUAGCACAUUGCUGGAACAGAAUUCACAUAAAGCUGAAACAGAUUUUUGUGGUGAUUCUGUUUUGAAACCUGUCCAUUCUUAUUCUGAAUCUGAUCUUGAACUAAAACUUUUGUGUUCUGAAUCUGAUCAAGUUAGGCACGUUUUGGAAAUGUUCUAUGGUAGUUCAUGCCUCGAAAACAUUCUGAUUUACAACACCUUCUUUGAUAAACAUGCUGAGCCUUGGAUAAGAAAUUCUCAAUUUGAACUUAAUCUUUUGUGUUCUAAAUCUGAGAAACUUGCGCAUGAUUUGAAUUUGUUCUUUAGGAACUGUGCUAUCACGUGCCCUGACACCAUUCUGGUGUACAAGACUUACUUUGAUAGGCUUCAUGAUGAUCUGAAACGUGUGCUACAUGUUCUAGGGAAAGAAACUUUGGUUUAUGAUCUGAACAAGUACUUGUCUUGUACAUAUGAUCCUGGUAUUUUAAUGUUUGUUUUGAGUGUCCAGGAUAAACAGGAUCAGUCUCCAAGAGGUGUCAGGAACAGAAGCAGAGAUCGUGCUUAUCAGUUUAAGACUUGGAGAUGCAUGUACUCGAGGAAACCAACUUCAAAACUCCAAGGAAGUUUCUUUCCAAAAUUUUCCUUCACUAAAUUUUACAUGAUUUUUAAAUUCUUUUUGUCUGAUUCAUUUCCUUUUGAUACAGGUAAAAUGGAUUUGAGGUCAAAUCCUUUUCAAGAGGGAGGGAAUGAUGCGCCUCGGAUCAUAGACCCGGGCCAGGAUGAUGCGACCAUGGCUGAGCCAGAUGAUUCUUCAACAAAAGACAAACCAGGAUGGAUUAAUGGUGAGGAUACUGAUCUAAAACCAGCUGAUGAGACUGAGGACGAGCUGGAACCAGCUGAAGAGAGUAUGCUUGAGCUGAAACCAGCUGAAGUGAUAGUAGAUGAGCUAGAUGAGCUGAGUGAGCUAAGUGAUACUAGCUUGGAGCUGAAUGAGCUAAGUGACACUGAAGAUGGAGCUGGUUUAGUUGCUGGGCGAAAUGAGCAUUUUUCAGCCCAAAGAAAAAUUCAUAACAAAUUCAAUUUGGGUCGGUUUUACACCAAAUUCGACCAGACCUUUCCUCAGUCCAUUUCAAGCCCAUUCUCAUCAAGAAUGCCAAGAGGGAGUCAGCAAGGAAGUCUUGGUCGUGCAUGGGAAAAAGAAUUCAACAAAAAUCAUUAAUUUCGGUCUUUAGUCAAAGUCUUCAUUUCUAGUUUCCAUGUCUUGUUUUUAGCACAUUCUUCUUUGGAUUUCUACAACUUGUAAUCCUAUAUAUAGGGCCUAAGAGCCACGAAAUAACAGAAGCUUUUUCCCCUU